GAGCUGCAGCGUGGGAAAGAGCUUCAGAAAUCCAUUCAGUUCGCUGGCGCCGGCUGGGGAGGGAUAGGCGGGCUUUAAUCCGGAGUCACUGUCCAAAAAGGGAAACCGCAGACCUGAGUUCUCCUUGUUUAUCUCCUGAUUUGGAAGCUGGACUCUUUCCUUGGGCCACAAUGAAGCGGCCUUGUGAGGAAACUACCUCAGACAGCGAUAUGGACGAGACUAUAGACGUGGGGAGUGAAAAUAAUUACUCUGGGCACAGCGCCAGUUCAGUGAUCCGAUCAAAUUCGCCUACAACAACAUCUCAGAUCAUGGCCAGGAAAAAGCGAAGAGGGAUCAUAGAAAAAAGGCGCCGUGAUCGCAUAAAUAACAGUUUAUCCGAACUGAGGCGGCUUGUGCCAACAGCAUUUGAAAAACAAGGAUCUGCCAAAUUAGAAAAAGCAGAAAUCCUGCAAAUGACAGUGGAUCAUUUGAAGAUGCUCCAGGCGACAGGCGGGAAAGGUUACUUUGACGCUCAUGCUCUCGCCAUGGAUUUCAUUAGCAUUGGGUUUCGAGAAUGCUUAACUGAAGUUGCAAGAUACCUGAGUUCAGUGGAAGGACUGGACACAUCUGACCCUCUAAGAGUUAGACUAGUCUCUCAUCUCAGUUCAUGUGCUUCUCAGAGGGAAGCUGCAGCAAUGACCUCAACCAUGGCACAUCACCACCACCCUUUGCAUCCUCACCACUGGGCGGCAGCUUUCCACCAUCUCCCUGCGGCUUUACUGCAGCAGAAUGGACUCCACACUUCUGACAUCUCCCCAUGCAGACUCUCGACAGCAUCAGAAGUGCCUCCCCAUGGAUCUGCUCUGCUCACGGCCACUUUUGCCCAUGCCGAUUCUACGCUUAGAGUGCCCUCUGCUGGCAGUGUUGCUCCCUGCGUCCCGCCACUUUCUACCUCUCUCCUCUCGCUCUCGGCCACCGUACAUGCUGCAGCGGCAGCGGCAGCUCAGAGCUUCCCGCUCUCUUUUGCUGGGGCAUUCCCAAUGCUGCCACCUAGUGCAGCGGCCGCAGUGGCAGCUGCAACAGCAAUCAGCCCACCGCUGUCCGUAUCAGCAUCUGCCAGCCCGCAGCAAGCCGGUGGGAACGGAAGCAGUAAACCCUACCGACCCUGGGGGACUGAAGUUGGAGCUUUCUAAAAAAAAUCUACGCAAGCCUUCCUGGGGCAUUUUACAGUUGCAAUAGAAAGUCUUUCACACAAAGACUGUUAACAGGUCAAGUAGCCCUUUGGAUUCCCAGAAGACGGGAGAGAAAUAGUAAGACGUAUUCUGCCUUAAUAUUGGUCAAAAUGAACAGGAGGUCUUUCUUGUUCAACAGACUGGACCACAAUGAUCUUCAAGAACGAUGACUCCCCAGUAGGCGUUUCCUGAGAAAUGUAUAGAGUGUAGAAUUAAUCCUCUUGCCAUGCAUUUUUAUUUGUUAAAGGGGCGCUGGAUUUAUAGCUAAAGAAGCCUACCUGAAAGAUGAACGCUAAGUUUAAAAUGCGCAAGUGCCUGACCUCUUCCAAAUGUGUGCGGGGUGUGUGUGUGUGUGCACGUGUAUGUGUUUUUCUUUACAAGGCAAAUAAUAAAAGUCCAAGUAUGAAAAUAAUACUGGAGAGAAGAGUACAGAGAUCCAGCACAGGGAUACCAUUCUUGAACAAAAUGUAUACCCUAAGGCUGUAUUCCCUUGACAUGAGUGGGAUCUAAGCCAGCUAACUGUGCAGGAUUACAAACUAUGGAAUAGCCAAGCAGAUAACUGAGGAUGUAUACGCUAAAUUUAAUCUAAUCUAAUUCACUUUCUUUGUGCAGACUUGUCAGAUGGUGACACGCAUGGUAUUGACAAAAGCACUGAUCUUUCCAGUGCUUGGUCUUGCAAGACUUCAAGCAUCCUGGCACUUGGUGGCAUAAAAUUAUAGCCAAGUGUGUUACAUGUACAUGUGUGAACACCAGGAUAAAUCUGACUUAUUUGAUUCCCUUUGCAAGCGAAAAUACCGCAUCCUCCAGAUGGGAUGCAAGUCCUCUUCAUAGUCAGCUGUUGGGAAUUGGCAUGAAUGAGUAGCUGUCAUGCAGGCAACAGGAUCCUUUGGGUUGUCUUUCUCCAUUGCCAGUGUUUUUGUAUCGGUUCAGUUCUCAACCCAAACAAAAGUGUUGGGAGUUUAAGUUAUGUUCUUACUACCCAGACAAGCAGUGCUACAAAAAUGCUUUGCUUUUUUUUAUUUUAUUGCAGCAACAUGAAAUAACAAGUAUUUUAAUUCAUUGACUCAAGAGCUAGAAAGUUUGUUGUUGGGGGUGGGUCGGGGAAGCAAGUUAAAUAAAAGCACAGCAUGUAUUAUUAUGCACUUCAUUUCUCUGCUGUGUGGAGAAAGCAAUAAGCAGUGAGAAUGUUAAACAUUAUGCAAAAUAUACUUUUAAAAUAUUUGUUUUAAAAAUACUGUUCCUAGUCAGGGGUGGGGUGGGGAAAUUGUGCAUUAUUUUGUUAACCUUUUUUUUUCUAUGCAAAAGUCUUUAAGUAUCACUAAUUAAAUGAAGUCUUUUUUUGACUGA